AUGACAAGAAUAAAAGGCAAAGUUGUUGUCCAAAGAUCCCCUAAAAGGAGCACACAAGUGAACAGCCCUGUCAAAGACGCUGUCAGGAAGAAGAGUACUUCUGCUGGUCCUAUCAAGAGCAAAGCUGUAACCAAGAGUACAGGGGUUGGUCCAUCAAAAUCUUGGAGCAAGGUCAUUCCAAAGAAAAGAAAGGAGCGGGAAAUUGUUAAACUUGAGUGUGAUGUUGAAGUGAAUGUCCCUGACAUCCCAUCAAGGAAGAAGCCUACAACCAACAAGCUUGCUGCUAGUAUUCCUGAAGUUCCUAUUGAUAAUGUGUCAUUCCACUAUGCCUCUAGUGCCAGCAGGUGGAAGUAUGUACUCCAAAAGAGAUUGGCUGUGGAAAAGGAAUUGACUCCAAAUGCUCUUGAGAACAAGGAGAUAACAGGAGUGUGGAAACAACAAGAGUGUGAUGAAGCUCAAACUGAGCUGGAAGUAACAGACAACAAAGUCUGUCAAGUGAUCACAGCCAAGCAGGUAAACAGCUGGCCCCUGAAAGAGAAACUAACUGCAAGUAAGCUGAGCAUCAAGUAUGCAAUGCUUCACAAGAUAGGAGCAGCCAACUGGGUUCCAACAAAUUACAAGUCCACUAUCUCAACUGUGCUUGGCAGAUUUCUGUAUAUUAUGGGAACAAAGGCAAAGUUUGAUUAUGGAACAUACAUUUUUGACCAAACCAUGAAGCAUGCUGGAAACCUCAGUAUUAAGGGUCCAAUUGCUUUUCCAUCCCUCUUGUGUGGUAUAAUUCUGGAUCAGUAUCCAAACAUUCUCAAUGAAUAUGAUGUAGUGUGCAAAAGAGAAAGUCCCUUGGCCUUCCAUUAUAAACUGUUUCAGGGUAAGCAUGUUCCAAACAUUGUCAUGACAUCGGAUGAAACUUCCAAAUCUGGAGCAUCAGUCAGCAAAGCAGAAGUCAUAGCAAUGUUAAAAGAGACUUGCAAAGAGCUAGAAUCUAGAAAAAUAUCUCUUGAAAAAAAUGAUUAG